AUGAACAACAGACAAGUUGAUCGUCAUAAAACCCCACGCCAUUAUCAAGCCGGCUCUGAUAAACGUAAAAAUGCUAAGGAAAAACAAAAACGGGAGUCCGAAAUUCUCUCGCAAACACAUCGGCUAACUGAUUUUGUCAUAAAGAGACCAACAACUUCGACGGCUUUACAAAAUCCUGACGAAAUAAAGAUAGCUGAGAAUGACGCUGCUAUCAACGAUCCCACAAUAUUGGACGGGCCAGUGAAAAAAGAUCAUAGCAAUAUUGACCGUGACGACGUGGUUAAUGAUACGAUUUCUGAAGAAGUGAACAGAUUACAAACUGAAGACGAAAUAUUUUCAGACUGUGAUAUUGGUAGUAACAAAGUCCAAAAUUGUGAUGCGGAGCUUUUCAAACGUGAAUCAGUCAAACAAUAUGAUAAGAAUUUCACCAGAACAUGCCAAAUGAGUAUGUUUGAAAGAAAACACAAAAAUGGUGAAACCAUCAAACGGGAAUGGUUAUGUUUUUCCCCAAGCAAUGGAAAACUUUACUGUUUCUUUUGUAAAUUAUUGAAUACGGUUGAAACUCAAUUUUCACAUGAAUCGGGACGGAUCGAUUUCGAACUUAUCCAACAAUUGGACGACGAAAUAAACUAUUGGCGGAAUGUACUCAAAAGAGUAGCAUCCGUGAUUCUCUUUGUUAGCGAGCGUGGUUUACCUUUUCGAGGAGACAACGAAAUUAUUGGUUCUGCACACAACGGUAAUUAUCUUGGGUUGCUCGAAUUACUUGCCGAGUAUGAUGAUUUUCUGGAAGGACAUAUUGGAAAUCAUGCGAACCCUGGGCGAGGCCACGUCAAUUACCUCUCUUCGACAAUUUGCAACGAAUUUAGACAGUUGAUCGCUCGACGUGUAUUCGAUGAAAUUAUUCGCCGAAUUAAACAUUCACAGUAUUAUUCGUUUACUCUUGAUUCUACAAAAGAUGAGGGUCACAUAGAUCAAUUAGUUUUAAUCUUUCGUUACAUAGAAGAAAAUGGUGGUCCGGUCGAGAGAUUUUUGACUUUUAUGCCAAACCAGGGUCAUAAAGCGAAGAUAUUCAUUGAUCGUACUAUUUUGAGCACUGAAUAUGAUCUGAUGAAAGCAUUGGACAUUUCAGACAUCAUCGAUGAUUUUGCUAAGAAAAACGCAAGAAAAUUCAUUAUUACAUUUGCAAUAAAAAAUUAUAUACUGAUGAUGGUCUUUACUUCCUUAACUGGGCCUCCACCACCUGUCCGCCUACAGGCCCCCACACCCUUCAAUCCGGCACUGAUUAUGAUGUUGAUAACGAUAAUAAUUGUAAACUCGAUAAUGAUAAUGAAAAUGUAG